AUGGUACUAUUUGGACGUACUGGAAUGUACAAGGCUUUCAUGUUUGGGAGCCCCAGCGUGAUAGUUACAACACCUGAAACAUGCAGGAGAGUUUUGACUGUUGAUGAUGAUAGCUUUAAGCCAGGUUGGCCUCAAUCCACCGUUCAACUCAUUGGAAACAAGUCAUUUAUCGGAAUUUCCUACGAAGAACACAAGCGUCUUCGGUUGUUAACAGCUGCUCUGGUCAAUGGUUACGAGGCAUUGUCCACGUAUGCUAAAUAUAUCGAAGAAAAUGUCGUGUCUUCCUUGAACAAGUGGACAACGAUGGGAGAAUUUGAGUUUCUGACCCAGCUUCGGAAGCUUACUUUCAGGAUAAUUAUGUACAUUUUUCUUAGCUCUGAGAGUGAGCCUGUGAUGGAGGCUUUGGAGAGGGAAUACACAGCUCUUAACUAUGGAGUUAGAGCCAUGGCAAUUAAUCUUCCAGGAUUUUCUUACCAUAAAGCACUCAAGGCUCGAAAGAAGCUUGUGGCUACAUUUCAAUCUAUUGUUGAUGAGAGGAGAAAUCAAAGGAAGGAGUUUGUCUUGCCAAAGAAGAAAGAUAUGAUGGAUGCUUUGCUAGAUGUUGCAGAUGAAAAUGGCAGAAAAUUAUCUGACGAGGAAAUCAUAGAUAUUCUGUUGAUGUACUUAAAUGCAGGUCAUGAAUCUUCAGGACAUACAGCAAUGUGGGCAGCCAUUUUCCUGGAAUGGCACCCGGAAUUUCUUCAAAAAGCUAAGGCACAAAAUAAUUGUUUGCUGGUGGAUAAUCGUGUUCGUAGAGCAGGGAUCCCGUUGGCAUCCAAGUGUGAUUGCUGUGACAAUGGGGGAUAUGAGGAUCAGAGUCAUGUACUGGCACUCGGGACGUUUGCCGAACAGGUAUGGAGCAAAUGUUGCUCUACUCUUGCUAUAUGUCGGAUGGAAGGUCGAAACUGGAAAGACAAAGUAGAAAUAUGGUUUAGGCGUGCUAAAUUUUCAACUCAACCAGGCCAAUUAAUUGGUCUUCUUCCUAGAAUAAUCACUUGGAAGCUAUGGACUCGGUGGUGCAUGGCUAGAAUGGAAGGAAAACAUGAGUCCUUACUUUCGGUGUGGAAUUCGAUUAAAUAUUGGUUGGGUUUGAUUGGGAAAAAUCUGAAGGCUUCUUCCAGAUUAUCUAAGCGAGAUGAGGAGAUAUUGUUGAUGUUUAAUAUACCUAUUAAGCAUAAACAUAUAUCUUAUUUGCCUUCGAAAUGGGUGAAACCAAAGGAAGGUUGGCACAAACUAAAUGUGGAUGGCUGUUCAUUGGGGAACCCAGGUUCAUCGGGUGCAGGCGGAGCUAUUAGAGAUUGCAAAGGGAAGUUAAUUUCUGGUUUCAAUAGCUACUGGGAAUCAAUCUAA